AUGACUGGAAGCAACUUGGAGUUAGUCGAAGUGUAUUCUGAAGGCAUCAAAGCUUGGUUCCCCGAUGAAGAGCUUGGUUGGGUGUCUGCCUCAGUCAUCACCAAGGAAGUGGACGCCAAGUCAAUCAAAAUCUCAUUCCAAGACGAUGAGGAUGCUGAAAAGCAACAUGUCUUUGAAGCGAGUAUCGCAGAUGUCGAGUCCAACAAAGUGAGCCUACCACCACUUCGAAACCCUCCCAAAAUGGAGAAUACCGACGACUUGACCAACCUCAGUUAUCUCAACGAGCCUUCAGUGCUAAACACCAUCAAGACUCGUUACGAGGAAAAGAACAUCUACACCUACUCUGGUAUCGUACUGAUUGCAGCAAAUCCUUUUGCCCGUGUACCAUUAUACGAGCCCGAGAUCAUCCAAAAGUAUUCUGGAAGUAGAAGAGGCGAUCUUGAACCCCAUCUUUUCGCAAUUGCAGAGGAUGCUUACAGAUGUAUGAUCAGAGACAAUAGGAAUCAAACAAUCAUUGUAUCAGGAGAGAGUGGUGCUGGUAAAACUGUCAGUGCAAAGUACAUUAUGCGUUAUUUCGCUACAGCCGACGAUCAAGAGGCUUUUGGCAAGCAAGCCAAGGGCGAAAAUAUGACUGAAGUAGAGGAGCAAAUUUUAGCCACCAAUCCUAUUAUGGAAGCUUUUGGUAACGCAAAAACCACCAGAAAUGACAACUCUUCGAGAUUUGGUAAAUACAUUGAGAUCGAGUUUGACAAGCAGCGCAACAUUGUGGGUGCCAAGAUCAGGACCUACUUGCUGGAGAGAUCUCGUCUCAUCUUCCAGCCCGAGACGGAGAGAAAUUACCACGUCUUUUAUCAGCUGUGUGCAGGUGCAAGCGAGGACGAACGACAGGAGUUGGCCCUGAAGGAAUGGUCAGAAUUUCAUUAUUUGAAUCAGAGUGGAACGGGUGUUAUCCCCUCGGUAGACGAUGCCAAGGAUUUUGAAGAGACUCGCACAGCACUCAACACCAUCGGCAUUCACAACGAGAUCCAGUCAGAGAUUUUCCGUCUUUUGGCAGCCUUGUUGCAUUUGGGUAACAUCGAGAUUGGCGGAAGAAACGAUGCUACUUUGGCCGAUGACGAGCCUUCUCUGCAAAAGGCUACCGAGUUGCUCGGUUUGGACGCCUCUGAAUUCAGAAAGUGGAUUGUCAGAAAGCAAAUCGUCACUCGCUCAGAAAAAAUUGUCUCCAAUCUCUCUCCUACGCAAGCUCAAGUCGUCCGAGAUUCAGUCGCCAAGUACAUUUACGCUCAUCUGUUCGACUGGCUUGUCAGCAACAUCAACGACAGUCUGUCUUGUCCCAACAUUGAACUCGUGCAAAGCUUUAUUGGUGUUUUGGAUAUCUACGGUUUUGAGCAUUUCAAAAAGAACUCUUUCGAGCAAUUCUGUAUCAACUACGCCAACGAAAAACUUCAACAGCAGUUCAACCAACACGUAUUCAAAUUGGAGCAAGAAGAAUACAUCAAGGAAGAGAUUGACUGGAAGUUCAUCUCGUUCAGCGACAAUCAAAAGUGUAUUGAAAUGAUUGAAGCAAAGAUGGGUAUUUUGUCGUUAUUGGAUGAAGAGUCUCGCUUGCCAUCUGGCUCAGAUCAAGGAUUCUGUACCAAACUCUACCAAAACUUCAACUCUACAUACCAAGACUAUUUCAAGAAGCCUCGAUUUUCAAAUGCCGCAUUUGUUGUUGCUCAUUACGCUCAUGAUGUGCAAUACGAAGCGGAAGGCUUUAUGGACAAGAACAAGGAUACUGUUCCUGAGGAGCUGCUGAAUUUGUUGCAAGGCUCCAAAUCCUCCUUCUUGUCUGAAAUGAUUCAACCACCCGCUCCUUCAACACCCAUUACUGAACAAGCGCCCAAAAAGACACUGAAUCAAGCAAAGAAGCCCACCUUGGGUUCUAUUUUCAAGUUGUCAUUGAUCAAUUUGAUGGAUACCAUUGGCGAAACCAACGUUCACUAUAUUCGUUGUAUCAAGCCAAACGAAGCCAAGGUUGCCUGGAUCUUCCAGCCUAAUAUUGUGCUAUCUCAACUUCGUGCGUGCGGUGUGUUGGAGACCAUUCGUAUCAGUUGUGCUGGUUAUCCCACUCGAUGGACUUUUGAAGACUUUUCUGAAAGAUACCACGCAUUGAUUGAUUUCGCCCACUGGGAUCCCAAAACCAACCCAGACACUAGAGCUACUUGCUCGCAAAUUUUGGACACCAACAUCAAAGACACUGACAAGUAUCAAGUGGGUUUGACAAAGAUCUUCUUCCGUGCUGGACAACUUGCCUACAUGGAAAAGCUGAGAUCAGACAAAUUGAAUUCAUGCGCUACGAUGAUUCAAAAGAACGUGCGUCGCUUCUUGGCUCGCUUGAGAUACGUGCGAGUACAAAAGAUGACAUUGAUGUUACAAAGCAUUGCCAGAAGAAGAGUUGCUGUGCGUGAGAUGGAGCUGUUGCGUAAAGAAAUGGCCGCCAUUGUGAUCCAAAAGAACUGGAGACGCUAUAUUGCACGAAAGAAGUAUUUGCAAACACGUGCUUUUAUCAUUCAGGCACAAGCAGUUAUUCGUGGUGUGAUUGCAAGAAAGAGACACGCAACACUCAAACAAGAGCACGCCGCUAUUUUGAUCCAAAAGAUUGCCAGAGGAUGGCUAGCACGCAAACGAUACCAAGCCAUUCGCAACUAUGUAAUCCGUAUACAAUCCUGUGUGCGACGCAGACAAGCGCGUCGUCAACUGGUCGUGCUUCGAGCAGAAGCCCGCAGUGUCAGUCAUUUGAAGGAAGCAUCCUACAAAUUAGAGUCUAGAGUGGUUGAUUUGAUUGAAAACUUGACACAGCAGCGCGAAGAGAAAUCUCGACUCAAAUUGAAGGCCAUUGAACUGGAGAAUCAAGUGCGUUCCUGGAUUCAGAAAUACGAGAAAUUGGAUCAAAAGGCGAAAGAUCUCGAGGAAACCAUUGCCAAACCUGUCGCCAAUGAUGGCUGGUCAACGUUACGCCAUCAACGUGAUUCGCUUCAACAAGAAUACCUGUCCUCCAUAAGCAAAAUCAAGUCUCAAGAUAAGGAACUGUUGCGCCUCAAAGAGGAGCUGUUGCAUCAACGGGACGAUGUGUCUAGACUGAGAGUGGCUUCAAGAAACGGCAACAUGAAAAAGUCCUCAGAAUCCGAUAUCAGUGAACUCAAGAACCAAAUCUCGGCUCUGAAAGCAGCUACUGAGUAUAAACUCUUUGUACAAUAA